UGCAAGAUUCUGAUUCAUAGUUUGAAUUGUCAUCAUACACAAUUUCAAUUCAUAAUUUAAAUCGAAAUUCUGGAAGAUUCUAAUUCAUAGUUUAAAUUGUUAUCAUGCCUAAUAUCAAUUCAAAAUUUAAAUCGAACUUCUACAAGAUUCUAAUUCAUAGUGCGCAAUGUCCUCAUACACAAUUUCAAUUCAUAAUUUAAAUCGAAUUUCUACAAGAUUCUAAUUCAUAGUUUCAAUUGUCAUCAUACAUAAUUUCAAUCCAAAAUUCAAAUUGGAAUUCUACACAGUUCGAAUUCAUAAUUUGAAUAUGUGCUUUACUUAUAAGCCAUUCUAAUUGUGUUCCGAAAUGUUUGGAAUUCGCAACGAACCGUUAACACCAGAAAUGACUUUUAAAUAGUCCGCUGCCGAACAGUUCUUCUUUCUAACUGGUGUGACUGCUUCUUUCAUCCAUCCCAAACAUUCUCUAAAAACCCUUUUCCCAGUUAUCCUUUCAUUCAUCACUGAAGAGUGGAAUUGGAAAGAACCGCGUAUUCGAUCAAGCAAGAAAACAUCUCAGCCCCGACCGUUUUGUUUGUUUAACGGUGUUUUCAAAGUGCACUGGGAAUAUACAUAUCAACACAAAUUAAACAUUUGGAAUGCAAUGCAAGAAAAUUUUGUGAUUUAGCUGUGUUUUUUAGGUGUUUUAUUACUAUUUUGGAUUUUAAAAAGGGAAUAAAUGCCGGACAUACAUUCCAAGACAACCAUCAGUUAUGUACUCGGCAUUGUAUAUUUAUUCGCUGCUGCAAUAUCCCCAACUGUAUCUCAAGACUUUUCUUUAGAAACUUGUGGUGCGACAGUACAUCAUGUGAACGUUGAAAAAGGGGCUGAUGUGACCAUUGGGGCGAUACUACCCAUUCACCAGCAGGGUGAGGGUGUUUACGGGUGUGGUAAUCCGACACACGAUGGUGUCCAAGUGUUUGAGGCCAUGAGAUGGGCAGUGGAUGUCCUCAACAGGAAAAGUGGACUGAUCUCUGACUCUGGAGGAAGUGGUGGCGGAUCUCUCAUUCCUGGUGUUAAAAUAGGAUUGAAGGUCUAUGAUAGUUGUGGUCAUAAUGCAAUGGCUGUUGAACACUUAACAUCUUUAUUUCCUGUUCUUCGUUCUGGACCUAAAACAUGCGAUUCUUUCGCUAAAAAUUCAUCUCUAACUAUUGGUGUGGUCGAUAUGAGUGAUUCAAGUAAUCAACCACAAGUAUCAGAAUCUUUAAGGGAUUACCUCAUUCCAAGCAUAGAAUUGUCUUUGACAACGUUGAUUCCACCAGAGAGAAUGGCACAAGUCCUUCUCUCCGCCUCUAACGAUCUCCAUUGGUCCAAUAUUGUCAUCCUGCACGAAGACGAAGAAUACAGCAUAAGUGUGACGAAGCACCUGACUCAAAGUGCCGCAACCAAUAGAGCUAUCUGCAUAAGCAGCAUCUACUCAUUGCCGAAAGUGGAUAGCAGCUAUAAGACAAAUAAGCGUGAUUUGAGGCCAUUUCGAAAAGUGUUUCGAGCAGCAACGUCUGGAUUAGCAGAGGGAUCGGCCGUGAUUGUGAUCAUGAAAAGAGAGGAAACAGCCACUAGAUUUUUGCAGGUUUUAGCAGAGUUUCCAGAACUGAUCCAUGAAAUUCAGUGGCUGUUUUCUUGGAUACCACCUUCAACGCCCAUGACUGCAAUCAAUCGGCAUUUGUCGCCGAACAGCAACGUUUAUUCGGUUGCUCCGUAUCCCGAUAAAAUAAAGCAAUUCGAGGAUUACUGGUCUGGAUUGAGGCGGUCCACAUCUCUGUCAAACAUUGAGGACAAAUGGUUUCUUGAAUAUUUCAUGGCCCAAAAAGGUUGCAAGUUACAAGGUGCCUUUGAUCCUAAAUACCGUGGCCUACCGUUUUGUGAGAACAGCAAACUGGAAGAAAGCAUGCUGGACGUCUUGCACAGGACUUCGAGAGCAGUGCCCGCUCUCACUUCUGUUUUCACGCUUGCAACUGCCUUUCACAAGGCCUGGGAAUCCAAGUGCCACAACAAUCCAGGUAUCUGUCCAGAGCUGAGAACAAUGAUGAGGAAGGAGUUUGUAUCCCAAUAUCUGGAACCAGUGGAGUUUUUAGUGGGAGGAGAGAGUGGUGAGUUGGGUGAUACUAGAAGAAGAGCUCCAAGACAGAGGCGUGAUGCGAAAUUGGAAGGAAGCAAACUAUCGUUGACUCGAUAUGUGUCUGACAAGGAGAGGGGUGUUGCUUACCAUCAGCUUAUUGUGUAUGAGAGUCAAGGAUCUCAAGUGCUGGACAAAACAUUUGUAAGCAGGCCAUCUACUUGUGGACCUGCUGGAUGUCGUGGAUGUGUAAGACCUAGACAAUCUCGAUUGGAAGACAGUUUGCAAGACUUAGACAGCGCUGAAUCAACGCUGUUUGAUGUAAGACAGGAUGAUAUCGUAAUUCCGAUACUUCUUCCGCUCCACCAAGAGGGAUUAUCACCAUUCGAAUGCGGAUCUAUCCUCAAUGCAGAAGCCGUGCAGAAUUUAGAAGCGGCUUUGUGGACGGUGGAUAGAAUCAACGAAGACAAAGCUUCUUUGGGAGGUGCCAGGUUGGGAUUGAAAGUGAUUGAUACUUGCUCAUCCUCUUUGCUUGCCACUCAAAAAGUUGCAACUUAUUUCACUAAUUCGCACCUCGAUUCGACGGCUGGCCUAGCAGUAGUGUCUGUUGCAUCACCCGAAGAAACUCUUGCAGCAGCAUCUGUUUUGAAACCUCUUAAUAUCAGUGUCGUAUCGACAAUGGACGUGACCUCCCUCUUUGAGAUGGAAGGAAAAUCAGGACACCAUCCGCACCUAUUUCAGAUCACAGCACCCAUUGAAUCCCGGAUCGAGGCUGCUCUGGGUACUUUUGAUUACAUAGGAUGGAAGUUUGUAACUGUAGUUUACGAAAAUACACCCUUGUAUUCUUCGGCUUUGCAAACACUAUCGAAAGUUGCCAAAGUAAAAGGAGUGUGCGUAGGACAACAACUUGAAAUUCCAAGUGAAGAUUGGCUUGAUUCUGACGUUGAUCGUUUGAUUCAAACAUUGGUUGAGACGAAAUCGCAAGGUUCGUCAGUAGUAGUCACCCUAACGAGUCGAAGCUCGACUAGGAAGAUUCUAUCUGGAAUUGGAAGAUUCCUGGAAGCCUCUGCUCUUCAACCUGGAGAUUUGGUCCUAGUUGGCCUGGGAGAAUGGGACGACAGCACACAAAUAAUCGACGGUUUGGAGAGAAUAGCUCUUGGCUCAGUCAUCUUUAAACAGGAAAGAGGAGAAGUGUCUGAAUUUGCUGCUCAUUACCAACGGUUACUUCCAACGUUUAAUCCCCGUAAUCCAUGGUUUGAUGAACUCUGGCAUCAACAAGAAGUACAUUCUGAAAUGACCGCCAAGGCAAAUAUCAGUGAUAAAAUGCCUCCAGUCUAUUAUAUAUCAUCAGAAUCUACAACAAAUACGAUACAGGCUCUUAUAGCAGUUGUGGCAGGUAUAGCUGACACAAGAAACCAACUUUGCCAGAUUGAAUUUGGAGUAUGUUCUGAAAUGAUCAGACAUCCACAUCUUUUACGCUUAGUUGGAGAACAUAUCGCUACGAGUAAGUCACCUCGCCUAGAUCAUCCGGGACAGGCAUUUCAAUUUAAUGAGAGGAGAUUUGGUGCCACUCCCAUAGAAGUAUACAACUACAGAAAGGUUACAGGAGGAGAUAUAAACUACCUUAAGGUUGGCUCUUUCGAAGGACAAUAUACGAAACUAGCUGACAUGAUGGCUUAUACCCCUAGCGGUGAAGUACCCAUGGAAUCCAUUCUAUCCACUUGCAUCAAAGACUGUUAUCGUUGCCAACAAGCAUCUCCAAACUAUCUUACGAUUCCAUCCACUCAAGGAAUCUACAUUGCUGUUGCUCAAGGUAUCCACGAAUCAACGUCUAAUCCCUUAACUUGUGGUCCAAUCAGAGUCAACCGAGGAUUUCAAAAUUUCCAGGCACUUCAGUGGGCAUUGAAAAUCAUUAACUCGGAUCCCACCAUUCUGCCGGGCAUUGAUCUGGGACUUGUCGUGUUUGACACUUGCAAUAGCAGAGAGAAGGCUGCCAUGGAUGUUUCGAAUUUCUUAACAGGAACAAUAGCUGAGAAACAGCAAUUACCUGCACCAGAUGACGUUGUGGGUUUCUUGGUAGAUGAUGCGGGAGACAUCGUGCAUCCACUGGCAGAUUUGACCCAACCAUUGCAAAUGACUACUGUUGCAUCGACAGCAAUCGCUCCAGAAUUUGGGGACGUAAAGAAGUAUCACCAUCUUUUGAAAAUGAAGAUGCCUAGUGAUGUUAUAAUUUCAUCUAUGGUUUAUAUCUUAAGACACUAUCAUUGGAAGUUUGUUUCUGUUGUUUACAAUAAGGGAAAUGAAGACACUCUGUUUGGACUUGCCGGUGUAACGGAAUUCAAGCGCCAAAUUGAGGAGCAUGGCAUUGAAUUAGCCCUUGAAGAAAGUAUUGGAACUGAAGAGGAAAGUGUUGCUUCCACUAUGGAUAUUAUUGCACAUAGACUAAAAAUAAAACAAAAUGCUGGUGCAAAGGUGGUUAUUCUGUUUUUGCCUCCCACUUUGAUAAGCGCCCUAAUGAGCGCUGUAAAGAGACUUCAGCAUGUUGGUAGAUCCAGCAUGGGUGAUUUUGUAUGGGUGGCCUAUGACAGCCUGGAGCCUUUCCAAAUGUUCCCAGAUCAGUCCGUGGGGGCCGUUGUCGUGAGACCUCCAUCUGAAGAAAUACCUGUCUUCAAAGAUUACUUCACCUCGUUAAAUAUAAAAGAAAGUGGCCAAGAUCAUUGGUUAAAAGAAUAUUGGGAACAGGUGUUUAGCUGCAGAGGUGGCGCUUGUUCGACCAAUCAACACCGAACAUUACACCAAGUUGGAUUUAUACAAGACAAGACUGUCGCCAACACUGUCAAUGCACUCUUCACUUUGGCACUGGGUUUGGAUGGUGUCCAGAGAGAGUUGUGUCCAAUAAAGAAUAACUGGUGUUCCAUGAUGAAAAACAAACUGUUGGUAAGGCAUAAGCUUUUCAGCCAUGCUAGAAAAGUUCGAUUCAAUGGACUUGAUGGAGUGCCUGUAGUAUUUGGUGCAAAAAAUUAUGUGAAAGGUGAACUGGGAAUCUACAACUUCAAAGACGUUGGCGACGUCCGAGCAUUCAUGAAUAUUGGUCUCUUCCAUGAAGAUCAUGGGCUAGCCAUCAAUACAUCAAUGACCAGCGGCUACAACGAAAAGGGUGACCUGGUGCCACUCUCAGAAAUUCAAUCAUUCUGCAAUGACAGUGAAAUCUGCUCCAAGAAGCAGGAUGCAGCAGCGCUGAUGUCCAUGCCUUUCAUGAAGAUCCCAGCAAAUCAAGAAUUCGUGAUCGGUGUCAUGUUACCGAUUCAUCAACCAGGAGACAAUUUCUUCACUUGCAGCCGUGCUGUGGAAGAGACCUCUUUUCAGAAUCUUAUGGCACUAAGCUACGCCCUCAAUAAAAUCAAUGCCAACGAAACUAUUCUUCCGCAAAUACAACUAGGUGCUCUUGUAUUUGACCACUGUGGGCGCAGACAAAAAGCCGAAGAGCAAAUUUUCAGCUUCAUAGCCAGCGAUGGCUCUCUUCCGUACAGUGAAGCUAAUCUGAAGUCAAGAGCAAUGAUAGCUGCUGUUACAUAUGAUCCUCAAGUAGCUGAUGACUUGUCUCCACUGUUUGAGUCAGCUCUCAUUCCACAAAUCUCCACUCCUGCAGCGACACUGACAGAUUCUCCCGAAUGGCAAAGACGAAGAAAUCCCCGAUCUGCAAGCGACUCCAAUCUCAACCCCGAAGUCCGUGUCCUCGUGGAUGUUCUCAAAAAAUUUAACUGGAGGUUUGUGUCGCUCAUUCACUCCGACUCUGAAUCGGAUCGAAACAUUUUCUGGAAUUUCAUUCAAGUGUCAAAAGAGAAGAAGAUCUGCAUUUCAGAAGGUCUCGUUAUAAAACCAGAUAUGGACAUUGUGGAUAUCGCUGCUCUCCUUCUACAGGAGCUGGACACUCGGCAGGAAUCGAAGGUGAUUGUUUUGUUGCUGGAGGAGCACCAGCUGGUCCAGAAGGUUUUGGAAGCUGCCAAAAGAACAGAUCUUGUGGAACACUUUGUGUGGAUUGGUAUGGAAUCACAGAAAGAUGGCCGAAGUGUUGCCAGAAUACUGCAAGGUAUCGAUAUCGAUUAUAUUCUCAUUCGUCCAGAAACAUAUGAAGUACCUGGCUUUCUAGAAUACUAUACCACUUUCAGUCUGAACAAGCACGAAUCCAUACCAGAUUUAUGGUUCGAAGAGUUCUGGCAGCACCAUUUUAGAUGCCAUCUUCCACAAAGCAUAUCCUCGUUGGAGAAACUGUUCCCCCUGCCAUGCACAGGUACAGAGAGCUUGUCACAGAAACCACUCAAUCUGGACACAUUCGUCUACCAUACUGUUGUAGCCGUUACUGGUGUAGCUGAAUCGCUACACGACUAUUUGAGGAGGUACUGCGUCCACGGGGACGCUGCUACCAACCUAGACGAUUGUGGAGCGGACGCGCGGCAGAUUUUGUGGCGAGAAAUGAGGAAGUUCAUGAAAGGCCCUCCUCUAAACUGUGCAGAUGGUGAUUGCGGACCCCUGAAAAUGUCCAUGGGAUAUCAGAUAUUUCAGUUACGGAAAGCCAAAAUUCAUCACGUAUAUCAACAGAUUGGCUUGUGGAAAGAUGAGGAGCUUGCACUCAAGUUAGAAGAUGUGGAGUUCAUAGGGGGAGUUAAAGUGGAUUCCACUUGCAAGAGAGAUUGUGAUAAGUGUUUGGAGCAGCUGGUUAUAGAUCCGGAAGAAUUGAAUCAGACAAAACCAUCCCUCUAUGCCAAUUUUAGAACCUUAUGGGGAGUUAUCGUCACUGCCGUCUCGCUACUCGGUGUUCUACUCGUUAUUAUAUGUGCCGCCUAUUUCCUCAUCUCAUUUCAGGUAACAGUAGGGACUACAGUUUUGGGUUACAUGAUUCUUUUUGGUCUGCUUCUUUUAUACGCUGUCAAUUUCGCUUUUAUCUUAACUCCCACUGAAGGAACUUGUGGUGUUCGAAGGUUUGGCUUGGGACUUUCAUACGCAAUAAUAUUCUCCGGAAUGCUGGUGAAAGUGAUGAAUAUUUGGAGGAUGAUGGGAUACAGAGGAAACCAUUUCUUCGGUGAUGUUUACCAUAUGACGAAUCCUGCUGCCUUGCUAGUGGUUGCUGUGGGACUUGUUAUAAUACAGGUGAUUCUAUCGGCAGCUUGGCUUAUUUUAAUCCCUCCGACUACGGGACUACAUGCUGGGGAAUGGAGAUGCCAUCCAGCGACUACAUUUGAAGAUGAACUUGUCAUAUCUUUGGUCUAUGUCAUGCUGAUGCUCGCCAUAACGAUGCUUUUCUCUAUACUUACAUGGUCCAGCAAGGAUAACAACAAAGAAUCUAGAUGGAUUUUCACCUGCUGCUUCCUUAUUUCCCUUGUGUGGGUCACGUGGACAAUUUUAUCGACGCAGAUCAUCCACAAGUACCGAGAUCUUACUAUAUCAGCUGCCAAUUUGAUCUGCGCGUCUAUAGUUAUGCUCUGCAUGUAUCUAAGAAAAGUGUACAUUUACAACAAACUUACCAAAGACGAAGAAAAUAAAGCUAAACUACAGCAGACAGCAUCAAUGCCAGUGGCACAAAAUGUGUAUGGCACUCUGACAAGACCAGCGCCAAUUCCUGGUAUGACCGGAUCUAACUAUCAUACAGGACCUCGCGUGUCUGGUCUGGGUAGCAAGCUAGCAGAUAGGGCUCCAUCAUCUAGAAUGGCUCUUAUUGCAUCAGAGGAUGGCAACACAAGUGACAGUGGUUCUGGAUCGACCCAAGUUCAAGCUACAGACCUAUACCCUCUGGAUAUGUAUGAUGGUGGCAGUCAAUUUCAACCACCGUCUCUCAGGCUUGGAGGAAGUAGCUUAGUUCUAGAAGAAUUAGGACAAAACAACACUGGAUCUUGAAUGCGGCCAAUAUAUUAUACAGUUUUAAAGGUUACAAGCUACCACGAUACAAACUUGGAUGAAAUCACAACGAGUCAAAAUGCUUGUUAACGUGCAAUAUUUUGUGCAUUACAAAACUGUGAAUUCUUCAUCAUGAGGUUAAAAUUUUUCUUAGGUCAUAGUUUUGGUGGGCAACUUAGAUGUACAAAGUUUCAUUUGAUAUAGCGUGACAGUCGAAUUCCUUUUCUCUGUAAAAUAUAUCCUUUAAAAAUGAUUAUUUUUCUCGAAAAUUAUCGCAAUCGAAUUCCUGAGCAGGUAUCAGGGAAUUUAGAUGUUAUGUUUUAUAUGUUUCUAAAUGUUAUAUCCUUGUUAAAUAUUGAGAUUUCUAAUUGUAGAAAAUGUUUUUGUAAAUAAAUAUUUUGUUUUUGGAUAUAUAGAAAUUUAACUAUAUUAUUAAUUCUUGGUUUCAUUAGUGAUGAUUUUGGUUUUGAAAUUGUACUUGAAUCAUAAUAAUUCUUCGUUUUUGUAACAGAUUUAUCUAGAAUCAUUUUUGCUUUUUGUUUUAAAAGACGUCAGAAAUUUUUUUCUAUACAUUUUGUUGCGACAGAAAUAAAUAGGCUAAUUCGAAAUGGAUUUUUACUAUAAGAUUGGUUUCUAUUUCUAUUUUAAUAAUUACACUUUAUUUCCAAAAAUUUUAAAAAAUUAGAAAAGUUAACGUUCUAAUUUGUGAUAAGGUUCACUGUUAAAAAUUUUUGUGCAGUAGUGACUUAGAACCAACUAUUAUUCAUCUAUUUUUUAUUUUAACAAAUUUAAUUAAAUGAUUUUUAAUUAUAAGAUAUAACCUUUCCUCUAUAGUAAAGUCUAUUAAAACUGAAUAUUUUCAUUCUAGUUUUUAAUUGUUGAAUGUUAUUGUUUUUUAAAUCAUUUUUUAUCAUGGAAAUAAUGCGAUACGCAAUAGCUUUUUUUAUUACAUGAAUUAUAUUAGUAAUUUUAGUAUAUUUAAAGGAACUAGAAUUACUUUCAAUAUUUUUGUAUGAAUGUUUAACUAAUGUCUUAAAAAUGAUGAUUUGAUUUGUAUGUCACUUUUACAAAUCACGUGUUAUUUAAUGUUCACUGUUUCAUUGAGUGUGUGAAGUAUUUUUAAAAUGUACAUAGUUUGGAAAUACAUUUUGGGAAUCGUUGUAAAUUAUAUUUUUUAUAUGUAAUAGAAAUAAAGUUUAUUUUAUUAAA